CUACGACGCCGCAGUUUCAAAAAUCCUACAUGUACGUUGUCGCUGGUACCCGGCUUCCUUAACCUGGUUAUAGCGCCCUCUUUCAUUUGCAGCGUGAACUUGCACAACAUUCAACAUGCAGCUUUUCGUUCAAGGCCAGCAGAUCCACACCCUUGAGGUGACUGGAAAUGAGUCUAUCCGUGAUCUCAAGCUUCGUCUGGAGAGCCUGGAGGGUAUCUCCACAGCUGACCAGCUCCUGAUGACCGGUGCCGCUAUCCUGGAGGACGACCAGAUGCUGUCAGCUUACGGUCUGUCUGAGCACGCCACGCUGGAGUUGUCUGUGCGCAUGCUUGGAGGAAAGGUUCACGGCUCCCUGGCUCGUGCUGGAAAGGUUAAGGGUCAAACACCCAAGGUGGACGCUGAGGAGAAGAAGAAGAAGAAGACCGGCCGUGCCAAGCGUCGCAUGCUGUACAACCGCCGCUUCGUCAACGUUGUGCCCACAUUCGGAAAGCGCCGGGGACCCAACUCCAACUCCUAAAUGUGGUUAACACCACUACAGGUCAACUUGCGGUCAUGUGAAAAUUAAGAAAAACCCAAAAAUGAUAGGGGAAACGCAAACAAAAGAAAUCGAGUGUUAAAAGUAAAGUCACCUCUUUGAUGACACUGUGUAGCAUAAGACUGUGUGAGCAAGUGAAUAAUAAACCUGUAGACCUGGUACCGUA